GUUGAGCAGCGAUGACAGGCGGAGAAAACAGCGGGAAUAUAGUGACAUUUCCUAAAUUUAUGGAACUUAUUUGAGCUGAUUCAGCAGCAGACGUGCUCAACGGCAAUCCGGGAUGGGGAUCUAACCCGUGGGGGAUCACCUUAAGGAGUUUUUUCGUGUGUGUGUGUGUGUGACGGCGCCCCACCCUCCCCCUGAGGAUCCAAACUGGACUCGCGACAUUUAUAUAAGAGGCGCUCCUAACCUACUCAUUCCUUUAUCCCGAGACCUCGGAUCAGACUGAGGGACCUGGACGCACCUGCCUGAGCACUGCUGAAGAAAUCGCUUAUUCGACACAAUGUCUUGCAGCAAGAGUAAAAUUGACAUGCCCCACCCAGUUUGUCUCAUUACUAACACGGAGGAUGGAGGCCUUCUCAUUUGUCAAGAGGGGAUAGAUAUUCUGGACCAGAUCAUUCAGCCGGUGGUGGUGGUGGCUGUGGUAGGACCAUACCGCACUGGGAAGUCCUACCUCAUGAACCGACUGGCAGGGAAGCGAAAGGGCUUUGCCCUGGGCAGCACCAUUGAGUCCAAGACCAAGGGCAUCUGGAUGUGGUGUGUGCCCCACCCUCAUAUAGAAGACCACACACUGGUGCUGCUGGACACUGAGGGACUGGGAGACGUGGACAAGGGUGAUGAGAAACACGAUGUUUGGAUCUUCUGCCUGGCUGUUCUGCUCAGCACCACUCUGGUCUACAACAGCUUAGGAACAAUAGAUAACACAGCACUAGAGAAGCUGCAAUAUGUCACAAAACUAACGGAGCACAUAGAGGUGAAAUCCAGAACAGAAGACGGCGAAUCCAUGGAGCUCAUGCGAGUUUUCCCAUCAUUCGUGUGGACUGUGCGAGACUUCACCCUAGACCUGGAGCUGGAUGGAAAAGAGAUCACAGCUGAUGAAUACCUGGAGAAUGCACUGAUGCUGAAGAAGGGUGACACUGUGACACCAAAUGUUGUAAAUUACAACAAGACAAGGAGAAGCUUGCUGGACUUAUUCGCUGUCCGCAAGUGCUUUGUGUUUGACCGGCCAGGCAACGCUAAGACGAUGAAGCAGAUAGAAAAGCUGGCCGAUGAUGACCUGGACGAGUCUUUUGUGGAGCAGUCAAUGGCCUUCUGCACAUACAUCUAUACCAACUCAAAAUCCAAAACCAUGAGGGGAGGCCGCAGUGUGACUGGCAGAAUGUUGGCCACUCUGGCACAGACAUACGUUAAGGCGAUCAGCAGUGGUCAAGUCCCGUCUCUGGACAACGCUGUGGAAUCUUUGGCUCAGAUUCAUAACAGUCGUGCCGUCCAGGAAGCUGUGGAGUUCUAUCGCUGUGAAAUGACCAAAAGGGUCCACUUCCCCACGGAGACCCAGCAGGAGCUUUCUGACAUCCAUGCAGGUGUAGAGAAAGAGGCUAUCAGCAUCUUCAUCAAAGGCUCCUUCAACGAUCAGAACCAGGAAUACCAGAAAGAUCUUGUGAAAUGCCUUAGCAAGGAGUACGAGGAACUUGUUAAACAAAAUAUGGAAGAAUCUCGUAAGGUGUGCAGGUCCAUCAUCACUCGUGUGUUUGGUUCUUUGGAGGAGGAAGUAAAGAAAGGUAUUUACAUGCGGUCUGGAGGCUACAUAGAGUACUGCAGUGCCCUGGAGAGAGCAGUUCAGCAAUACAGGUCAGAGAAAGGCCACGGACUUAUGGUUGAACAAGUCUUGACAAAUUAUCUGGCUGAGAACAAUAACGUUGGAGAGAACAUUCUUGCAGCUGACCGCUCGCUCAGUGAAGCUGAGAGGGAGAUAGAGGAGGAAAGACGUGAGAAAGAGGCUUUGGAGCAGAAGAACAGACAACUAGAGGAACAGAAGGCAAUACAGGAAAAGCUGUUUCUUGAUGAGAAGAAUUCCCUUAGGGAAAACAUAAGACAGCUAACGGUGAAAAAGGAAGAAGAGGAGAGACGUUCUAGGGAAGAGAUCAUGCGACUACAACAAGCUAUACACCAGGGCCGGAGGAGUCCAUGGAAUUCUUUUACGAGUUUUCUUGUAAAUGAUGUUAUUCAUCCUGCAACAUCCUGGAUUUCCAAGAUUUUUUAAUGCCUAAACUCACAUAUAGACGUCAACAAACGCAUACCAGCAUACCAUGAUUAAACAGUGAAACAUUCCUAGGCCUUCACUGGUACAAACUCAGCAAACCAGUACAGACUGUCAACAAGCAGUCAGUUAACAGCCAUGAACCAGCUUAUGAAGUGGUUCUCAAUGACGUCAAUAGGUCAAUCAAUAGACUACAAGUUGUCUAUCAACUGAAUGCAAGAGUCCAUAUAGAUUGCAGAGUAUGUAUCAGCAACAGUUCAAUGAAAUGAGAUUAUAAAGCUAUUUUGUAAUGUCAGCCAACUAUCAGUAGACAUUCAACUACAUAUUUACUGUCAACAAACAUGUAAGUUAAAGCCUGUUUCUAUUCAUAUGUGUUACGUAAUGUCACACCUUGCAUAUGAUUGACUCUUUACUGAAAAUCGUUAUAUAUCAAUUGUACCAGUAAAACUUAUACUGAGAGAACUAGAGACAAGUUGACAGCCUAUAGAAUAGAGUGGACUACCCCAAUAAAGUAAAGUAGACCCCGUAAAAUCACAAUACUUACAUGAAAUUCUUCUUUUUAUGAUGUGCUAACUGUUGUUGUCUGACACAUUAUGAUUGUUGUUAUCCAAUAAAUUACAUUCGACUGCAA